AUCGUGACCGAAUAACGUUUGUGUUUACUUCUGAGACCAUUGACAGUGAUUUUAAAAUAUAUUUUCCAGUGUGCCACACCAGCGGAAUCGAAAAUGGCGAGACACGUCGUGAUAAAUCUCCUGCUCGUUUGCAGUCUAUGUGUGAUGUUUACAGAUUUAUCAGCGUCUCUGAAGAUCGUGAAAGGUAUCCAUGCUAUCGAGAACGUCGUGACUAACGUGGUCGAAGAUCUCAUCGCGGAUCUGACGAUGUUGGACGACGACAACAAUCCCGUUCACAUAGAUCUGAACUUGAACUACCCCGAAACUGCCGCGGAAACCAAGCAAAACUUGCACUACACUGUCUUCUUUUACUUGUACACGAAAAACAACCGGGACAAUCCUGAAAAACUGUUCGUCGAUGACGUCGACGUUUUGAAGAAAAGUCAAUUCGAUCCGAAGAGGCCAACGAAAUUUGUCACGCACGGAUGGAUAAACUCUUUCAGGAGCGCGGCUUGCGUCGAAGUUCGCAAUGCUUUACUCGAACACGAUGACUACAACGUCAUCGUGGUGGACUGGUCGUCGAUAUCGUUAAAGCCAUAUAUCUGGUCCAGUAACCGAGUCGUGAUGAUCGGACAGUAUGUUGCGUCCAUGAUCGAUUUCCUCGCGGAACAAGGAAUGGACGUAUCCGAAACGACCACCAUCGGCCACUCUCUUGGGGCCCAUGUAGCUGGUUUGGCAGCCUAUUACGCGAAAGGCAAAGUAGGAUACGUUGUCGGUUUGGAUCCCGCUCUGCCUAACUUCCAACUAGCUGGCCCGGGCUCCAGGAUCUCCCAUAACGACGCGAGAUACGUGGAGAUCAUCCACACGAACGGGGGUCAACUAGGUUUCAAAAGUCCGCUGGGGGACAGCGACUUCUAUCCGAACGGCGGCAACUCGCAAGCAGGAUGUCUGUUGGCUUUUCAUAGCGCGUGCUCGCACUUGCGCGCCUUCCACUUCUACGCCGAGUCCAUCAAUAGCAAAUUAGGUUUCCACGCGGUGCGUUGCGACAGCUACGCGAAUUUCGAAAGGGGUAAAUGCGACUCGAACCCCGUCGCUCUCAUGGGCGGCGCUCGACCGGAUGCCACCGCCACGGGCACCUACUACUUGCGCACGAACAAACUGCCUAAGUACGCCCAGGGAAAAUUCACAAAGUCUCAUUCCGCGGAGAAACACGGCAACGAGUUGUAAUUACGACGAUACUCAAUUUUUUUUAUAUUAGAAAUCAAGACUAUCUAAUACGGGAUGUUCAGAAAAUUUUUAUUCAGGUUUAUUAGGUGGAGAUGACUUGUUUGUGUUAAAUUUGAGUCUCUUUGUGAUUUGUUUGAAACAGUUUCUUCAAUUUUUGCACGUAACUGAUAAGUGCAAGAGGCAACUGCUAUUGAUCCUGUAUGGAACAUCGUGUAUGAGUUAGGAUUUAAUUGUAAUAUUGAUAGUAGAAAUCAAGACUAUUACUGUAAGUUUUAUUACUCAUUUGACUAUGAAUUUAUACAAGAAGUAAUGGACCCGGUGCCAAAAGAAAAUGAAAAUUUUUAUUUGAUUAAGUGGAAAUGACUUGUUUAAACUCCUUGUGAUUUAUUUGAAACAGUUUUUUCAAUUUUUUUACGUAAUUAAUAAGUGCAAGAGGCAACAUUAAUUCUGUAUGAGUUAGGAUUUAAUUAUAUAUUAGUGAUUAGGUUUUUCAAUAAUCUGCAAGAUUCACUGUGUGAAUAAUACUUUUAACUGACCAAUGCUCACGUUGCAUAUCUUGUCCAAGGAAACAGGAAAACUUUGUCAAAAUGAUAAGUAUCCUGUGUCCUUAAUUUAACUUGCGGUA